GCGCUCUGUGGCCCGCAACCAGCACCCCCAAACCCCCGCACGGCUCCACGCGCUCCCGCCGCCGCCUCGCCGGCGAGUGAUCGCAUUGACGGGGCUCGCGCUUACCGGCCAUGGCGGAGGGCUCGUCCAAUUUUGGUUUCGGGCGUAGGGGCUGUCCGGCCGCCGGCUCCGGGGAUGGCUGGAAAUCGGUGCUCGACGAUCCUGACGUCGUCGAGGUGUCGGCGGAGGACGCCGCCGGGUGUUCUUCCGGUCGCCAGAAGCGGAAACUGACCCAGGUUGUUCCUUCUGACAUAAUUGAACUUGAUGCUGAUGUUGAUCCUGGCGGAGUUGUGAUAAUUGACGAGAAGAUAGAAAAUCACAAGAAUAAGCAAGCUGCUAUUCAUAUGGAUUGGAUAAAGCAUGCAAUGAGUCGUAUAUCUGCAGACCCAAAUGCUACUCCUGUUACAAAGGUUGGGCCAUGGGAUGGGCUGGGAGAUUAUCAUAAUAAUGUUGCCGGCCCAGGUGCUAUUCCUGUCACAAAGGUUGGGCCAUGGAAUGACCUGGGAGGUUUUGAUAAUAAUGUAGCCGGCUCAAGUGCUAUCCUUGCAACAAAUCUUCCUCCGUGGGAUGGCCUAACGAUGCUUGCUCCAUAUUUUUACAAUCAGUUUGGUGUGGCACCUGGAGAGGAGCACAAUAAAUACUAUAGUAAUAGCAGUCCACUGAUGGAAAGUGGUAGCAGCUUAAACUCUGGUGCGAAUAAUUACAUGGGCAUUCCACCUGGUGUGGAAGCAAUUUUACCACAGGAGACUUCUGCUGAGAUGCCACAUCAGCCCAGUCAAACUGAGAUCAUCAGUAGUGAAGUUCAUGAGAAGUACAAGACAUUUAAACGAUUUGAUACAGUUAAUGAUCAUGGUGAUCAUUUCUACUUAUUAAAUGCUCCUGCUGUCAAGACGCCACCUAAGGCCUGGGUUAAGCGGAUACAGCAUGAGUGGAAAGUCCUAGAGAAUGAUUUGCCAGACAUGAUAUAUGUAAGAGUUUACGAGGAUAGAAUGGACCUUCUUAGAGCUGUCAUCGUUGGACCAGCAGGCACUCCUUACCAUGAUGGGCUUUUCUUCUUUGAUGUCCAGUUCCCAUAUCGAUAUCCAAGUAAACCUCCGCUAGUGAAUUACCGCUCUAGAGGAUUGCAGCUUAACCCGAAUCUCUAUGAAUGUGGAAAAGUAUGUCUUAGUCUCUUAAACACCUGGGCUGGUUCUGGAUGUGAGAAGUGGAACCCAUCUAAUUCAACCAUGCUGCAAGUCUUGGUCUCCAUUCAGGCCUUGGUGUUGAAUGCCAAACCUUUUUUCAAUGAACCUGGGCAUGCUAUGUAUGCUAACACUCCUCUUGGGGAGAAGCUAUCUAUGGCGUAUAAUGAAAAGACUUUUCUGCUAUCCUGCAGAACGAUGCAGUGCUCUCUUCGCAAUCCACCAAAGAAUUUUGAGGACUUCGUUGCUGGCCAUUUCCGCAAUCAUGGGCGCAAAAUCCUGAAAGGAUGCAGGUCCUACAUGGCCGGUGCCCAAGUUGGUUGCCUCAUCGGAGACGGCGAGCAGGACGUCGUCGACGAGGGUGGCAAGAUCUGCUCCGCCAACUUCAACGCCCCGCUGAAACUGCUAUUCGCGGAUCUGCUGAAGGUGUUCGCCAAGAUAGGCGUCAAUUGCGCUGAGUUCCAGGAUCCUGGAGCCGCCAAAGCGACAGCAGGCACCCCAUCGAGCCUGAAGCCGUACCAGGAGGUCGAUGGAUGGCUGGCCGGGAUGGUCGGCGGAGUUACAGUGCCGGCCGCUGCGAAGCCGGCAGGGCUGGAUGUUCCGGCGGAGCUCAGCUCGGCUAUGAGCCGCCGCGCCAGCUUCUGCACCACCACUCAUCCUGGAGCACUCAGGCAGCCAGCACUUGACCGCGCCAACGCUGCCGGCUCGGCGACAAGCAGCCACAGAGCAUUUCGCGUAUCGAAUUGCUGCCUCACUCUGGCCGGAAUGGCGCGGCCUCACAGCCACCUCUACCGUCUUCUCCUCCUCCUCCGCCUCCUCCUGCUGCUCCCCGCCGCCACGGCCGCGUCGUACUCCUCGCUCUGCCACUCCAACGCGGCCGCCAAAGAUGUCCCCGCCCCCGACCACUCCCUCGGCGGAACACCGCCCACUCUCCCUUGGAUCUCCACCGGUCACUUCUCCGGCGGCGGCGACCUCCACUUCGCCCCAGGCCGGUCCUACGCCCGCGCUUUCUCAUUCCACCCACGCGACGGCUCCGCCAGCACCACCGCCGACCCCGCCGUCACCCACCUCUCCGCCACGCUCACCCUCGACGGUGCUCGCAUCACCCGGCGCCACGGCGACCGCCCCCACUCCGUGUCUUUCGACCUCGACGGCUACUACUACUCCACCGCUACCGCCCCCGCCGCGGAGCUCUGCAUGGUGGGCUCCGGUUCCUACGCGAGAGAGGACGGCUCCGGUGUCGUCGUCCUCUCCGACGUCGUGCUCCGCCUGACCGUGCCGCGGCCGUCCAACCUCUCCGCGCCCUUCGUCACGGGCCGCCUCGGGGGCGUCGACUUCAACCCCAUCGCCCUCGUCGCCUACGCCGAGGAUGACUACGCAUACGGAGAGGCCGCAUCCUGUCCGCCGACACCGCCGCCAGCUGGCGCCCGACGGGUGCUCCGCGCGGGGUUCUCGUGCAGCCUCCUCAGGGCUCUGCUCGGAAGAGGCUCCUACAGACUGGAGUACAGGCCGCCCAGUGGGCGCGCGGCGAGCGGCUUCCCGCUGCCGCUGCGCCACGAGAGCAUGUACAUCAACCAGAUGCGCUGCGCCGCCGCCGACGGCGCCGUGCGCGCGUACAUGGUGUUCUACACCAACCAGUCGGCCGCCUUCCCAUCCAAUGACACCGCACGGUGGGGGCGUGGGCGUGGCUUCUUGGUCGGGGACGAGGCGCUCGUCGCCGACGGGUUCUGGGACUCGUCUCGGAGCCGGCUCUGCCUGAGGGCGUGCCGGGUGGCGAGCUCGGGCCAGUCCGGCGCGGACCUAGCCGUCCGCGAGUGCGGGAUCGGGGCCAGCUUCUGGUUCCCGGCCGUGUGGUCGCUCUGCGACCGGAGCGUCGCCGCCGGGAUGAUCUGGAACGCGAGCGGCAACCUCGACGGCGACGCAGCAGCCGUGAUCUCGGUGUCCAGAACCGGGGGCUACGCCUACCAGGUUGCCGGCAUCAAGUACAACUACACCCGGGUGGAGGAGGCCAAGAAGCACUACGACUCCAUGCCGGCGUUGAGCAAGGAGAGGAAGGGCAGGUUCCCCGGCAACUCCUCGUUCCGGGACUUCGCGUUCGGCUUCUCCCUGAAGAAACGAGGACUCACCGGGUACGCCUCGCCGGUCACGAUCGGCUCGGCCUUGGUCGAAGGCGACGGGCUGGUCGCUGACGCGGCCUUCGCAGCAGAAGAGGUGAACAAGCAUAGGCUGUUGAACGUCAGCUACACUUUGCGAUACUAUGCCCCAGCUGCCUACGGGAAGUCGUCUGCGAAUUCGCCGCAGCUGCGGCGCAUCUCGGCAGAAGGUGUCUACGACACCAGGGCAGGAUCCCUGUGCAUGGUGGCCUGCCAAGCGAUCAGCGUUUCCUCGUCGGAGUCGGACUGCGAGAUGCUCGUCACCGUCCAGUUCGCUCCGAUGGACGCCGUGGCGAGGGAGCGCGCCGUCGGGACGAUUAGCAGCCUGAGAAAGCCGGACGACCCUCUGUUCUUCGAGGCGCUGGAGGUCGCCGGCGACGGGAUGUACGUGGAGCGGUUGGCGGAGUCGGUCUCCAGGAUGGACAUGGAGAGCAUCAUGCUGGUGGCCUCCAUGGCGCUGUCCUGCGUCUUCACGGCCCUGCAGCUGCGCCACGUAAAGAAGCACCCCGAGGUGCUCGCGGCCAUGUCGGUCACCGCGCUCGUCGUCCUGGCCCUGGGAUACGUGAUCCCGCUCGUGCUCAACCUCGAGGACACGUACAGGGACAGCCGCAGCCACAGCCGCAGGCAGUACUUCGUCAAGCUGACCGGCGGCGGGCUGCUGGAGCUGAACGCGCUCGUGCUGCGGGCAAGCACCGUGCUGGCCCUCGUCCUGCAGCUGCGCCUCCUCCAGCUCGCCCUGUCGUCGCGGCGGUCGGCGGAUCAAGCGGGGAUCAAGCGCGAGGGCUCGUCGCCGUCGUCGUCGUCAUCUGACGCCGACGCCGAGAGGAGCACGCUCUGGGUAUGCCUGCCGCUGUACGCCCUCGGCGCUGUCGUGGUCUGGAUCGUCCACACGAGCGACGCCCGGCCGGGGCCGGCGUUGGUGGACGACCUCGCCGCGUACGCGGGGCUGGUCCUGGACGGGUUCCUGCUGCCCCAGGUCGUCCGGAACGCGCUCUCGGGCUCUAGGGUGCGGGCGCUCUCGCCGUGGUUCUACGCCGGCAGCACCGCGAUCCGCGCGGCGCCGCACGCGUACGACGCGUUCAGGAGGCGGAGCUACGUGCCGAGCCUGAGGCCGUCGUUCGCGUACGCGGGCCCCCGCGACGACCUCUUCGGCGUCGGGUGGAACGUGGCCGUACCGUGCGGGGCGGCCCUGCUCGCCGCGCUGCUCUUCUUGCAACAGCGGCUCGGGGGCGCGUUCCUGUGCGGUUCGAAGAGAAGACGGUCGGGAGAGUACGAGAUGGUCUCCACGCCUAGCUCCUAGUUGGCGUGAGCCGACGAGGCAAUUCUGCAACACUGUCGUGCACCUAAAGUCGUAUCAUUUACUCUUUAUUAGGAUGAGGAAUUGAGGACACAACCUACGGCUUACAACAUCGAUCGUUGCAGGUCCUCUGCUCCGGAUUUGCCUAUACUAGUUUAAUAGCUUGAUAUGAUGUUGAAAACCGAUGCUCUU